GUUUUCUGGUUGCAUUUACAAGACUAAGCAUCCAUUAAGCUAUUCGGACUGCAAUUAAGCAGCGCGGCAAAUUCUUGCCGAAGAGCCUGUGGCGCACUCUGUAUUUACCUGCAUACCAAUUAUCUUGUAUAGACUAGAUCCACUGUUGCUGUUGCACUUGAGCUCGCGCCGGAUAAAUGCCGCCCAAGGAGGAGCAGAUUAAGCUGGACUCCUUGUCUCCCCAACAGCUCGUGGAGCUUCGGCAGAACCUAAAUGCUGAGAUCCAGCGGUUAAUGGAGAGUGGGCAGGCACUGGCCCGCGCGUCCAACACAUUUGCCGGCACCAAGAAGUCCGUGGAGCAACUGGGCGCCUCCAAAGAAGGCCAGUCCAUCAUGCUGCCACUCACGUCGUCGCUGUACGUGCCCGGAGAGGUGGCGGACGUGGAGAAGGUGCUGGUGGACGUCGGCACCGGCUACUACGUGGAGAUGUGCAUUGCGGAGGCCGCCAAGUACUUUGACCGCCGCAUCAAGACGCUGCAGGAGAACAUUGGCAUCGUGCAGCAGACCCUGAACGACCGCCGCAACGUGCUGAUGACGGUGCAAGCCAUGCUGCAAGAGAAGAUGGCGGCGCAGCAGGCGCGGGCGUAACCGUGCUGUCGAGGACUGUGGAGGCAUUUUGGUGUGGAUGAUGUUGAGAAGGAUGUUGGAUGGGGGGGGCGCGUUGCAAGCCAGUGGUUCUGCGCUGCUUCGUUCAAGAGUUCCAUGUCUAUGGGGUAGGCAUGCUGGAGAUGUUGGAUGUGAAAUGGUCAGGAAAUGCGGCAUGGCAAGGGGCUGGUGGUCAGGUGGUCAACAACAGCACUGACGUUGUGUAGACCAGUGGUUCCCACGCUGCCAAUGCGGCUGAUGGAAGUGCGAUAGGACAGUGUUAAGGCAGAGUUGGUGAAGUCCCGUAGGAUACAGCUGAUUCCCAGAAUCCCAGACCCCAGCAGAUGGCAGACACCUUGCAACAGCAGUGCAUGAGCGCACCGGAGGUACUGUACCGACAAGUUGCUGGCUCGCUGGAAGUUUGCUGACGCGCAUUCAUGCGGCUGAUGGAAGUAGAUGACGAGCAACUGAGGGCCUGACUGAUUGCGUGAUUGGGCACACGGC